GCUGCAAUUUCCAGCGCGUAAACUUAGGGCGAGGUUGUUGCACUCUCUAAUGUUGAGCUUUGAAACAUUAUUUUAAUUUAAUACACGAUAAUUUCUAUUACUGUGCUUAACACUUAACUAUAUAUGUCACAGUCAAUGGAAACAUUUAACUCUAGUGGACGUAAAUGACUUUACCCAAAAGUGGGGAUCAGAUAAAAUAAACUUUGUAGCAGUCAACAUUUUCUGUUCAUUGUGUACAUUGUGUGUAUUAUGUUUACAGUGGGCUUUAAUGAAUGAUUUUAUUUUUAAUAUCAACUUUUUGAAUGUUUUGGGUUGAUAUUUGUUUUUAGAGGGCUUAAAUAUUGGACCCUAAUACCCCCCACUGAGAGUGCAGUCGAAUUUAUCGGCAAUACCUUAACGUCAUAAGAGGUUAUGAGUGAUCUUGGAUAAUGUCACCAACAUCUCUCCCUCUCAAGAGAACUUCAAAAACACCACAAGGAAAUGGAGCAGCUCAUAGUGAUGAAUCUGAUGAUGGAGAUGAUACAUCCAGCGUGGGCAGUAAUUCUACCACUGAUAACAACUCACGAUGCACCACACCAACUGAUCGUGUCAGAGGGAAAAAGCUCAAAGGUCGGAAGAAAGCUGCUGUAAAGGUCCCAAUGAAGAAUCAGUUCAAGUUUACAUGUAGUGUUAAGGAAGACCAUGGACAGCCUCUUUUUGGAGCACAGUUUAACCACCUCUUAAAGGAAGGGCAGCCACUGAUAUUCGCAUCAGUCGGAAGCAAUCGUGUCUCUAUUUAUGAAUGUCCAAAAGAAGGUGGAAUAAAACUACUGCAAUGUUAUGCUGAUCCUGAUAAGCAAGAUGAAAAUUUCUAUACCUGUGCCUGGUCCUAUGAUGAGGACUCAGGUAGACCACUGCUAGCAGUUGCUGGAGCGAGGGGUAUAAUACGCAUCUUCAAUCCCUCAACCAUGUCCUGUAUACGACACUAUGUUGGGCAUGGGCAUGCCAUAAACGAGUUGAAAUUUCACCCACGAGAUCCCAAUUUGCUGUUAUCUGUGUCCAAAGACCAUGCACUAAGACUGUGGAAUAUUAAGACUGAUGUUUGCAUAGCAAUUUUUGGAGGAGUGGAGGGACACAGAGAUGAAGUUCUCAGUGGAGAUUUUAAUAUGCGAGGAGACAAAAUUCUUUCAUGCGGAAUGGAUCAUUCAUUGAAACUUUGGGGUUUGGACAAGGCUGAAAUGCAAGAGGCAAUCCGCAAUUCUUAUACAUUCAACCCUGCAAGAAGCACACGCCCUUUUGAUUCUGUGAAAGAACAUUUUCCAGAUUUCUCAACAAGAGAUAUACAUCGCAACUAUGUAGAUUGUGUCCGCUGGCUUGGAGACUUUGUUCUUUCUAAGUCUUGUGAAAACAGCAUAGUUUGCUGGAAACCAGGACGUCUUGAGGAUAAAGAAUAUAAACCAAGUGAUACUAAUGUUACUAUUAUUCAUCGUUUUGACUACAAAGAAUGUGAAAUUUGGUUUGUGAGAUUUGCAAUGGAUUUCUGGCAGAAGACUCUUGCGUUGGGAAAUAUGGUUGGAAGAACAUUUGUAUGGGACUUAGAUGUGCCAGAUCCUUCAUUGGCCAAACCCAUUACCCUGUCUCACCCACAGUGCAACACUGCUAUCAGACAAACCAGUCUCAGUCGAGAUGGGUCUGUUUUGCUCUGUGUUUGUGAUGACGGAACAAUAUGGAGAUGGGAUAAAGUGAAGUCUGAAUAAGGUUUGCCCCGGCAUUAUCAUUGGUUUAAAAACAUGAGUUCCUCUAUGUACUUUUUCAGCAAGUGUGUCUUUUGUCAAAUGAACUGAUUUUUUUUUUAAAUCCACAUCUGUAAAAUCUAGUGUUUAUCAAAUGCCUUAUGCAUUCAUGACCAAGGUAGUUUAUACAAGAAUAAAAAUAUUUUAGGAAAGAA